CGGCGAAUCAAAUACAAUCAUUCGACGAGAUUUGCGUGGAACCCAAGGGGCACUCGACGGCGACGCUAGAGCCCGCUCGACGACAUGGCGAUGGAUGGAAGCGAUGAGGCGCUCUUGAGUGACUUGCACUUCCUCAUUGCUACGGAUGAACAAGUCCAGGACGACUUUUCAUACCUGUGCGAUUUGUUGGACGAGUCGAUGAGCGACCCAUUUGAUGGCGGACCGGCCAAUGUCGAUGAUACGUCGGAAAGCGGCGGUGGUUGCAACGCCGACUUGAACCUGCAGAAGAUGAUGCCACCACUUGUGACGGACGUGGCGGAAAAACCCGCGUCCACCAAGCGAAAAGCAGGGGUCAAGGACACAUUUCCGGACACCGGAGCGCGAAACCGGUUCCAGUAUCGCCAGCGACAAGAAUUGAAGGCUCUCAAGAUGCAAGUCGAGCAACUUCAAGCAAAACUAGCGGCAGAGACACUCAAGUCGUCCACGCGAUUGAUUCGAGCGGGAGACAUCUCGCCGUGGGAACAAGCAGCGCGCAAAGAGCUUUUCGAGCGCAAUCGGGCCCUGGCCGAGAACAAGCAGCUUAAGGAAGCGCUGGACGAACAUUUGACGUUCGUUGACCACAUGCAAAACCUUUUCAAGAAGAAACCGCGUCUGCUGGCCAAAAACCCAUCGUCGGAAGAAUGGCAGGCGUACAAGUUGGCCGCGCAGCACUCACUCCGCGUGGCAGCGAUUCACGCCAUCGCGGACCGACAGUUCCAGCGCAUGCAGAGCGCUUUCAUUCAAGCGGGGUUAUUCAACACCACCAGCGACAAGCCUGUCGUGAGUGGAAGCCCGCGAGUCCUCCCAGACGGGCAGAUCUUGAUCGAGCUCAGGAGGCAGUUUACCUUGCCGGUGCCGUAUUCUGUCGUUGGCACGGCGUGCUGGAACGUGAUGAAGACAAGAAUGGACGAAUGUGGGCCGACAGAGGUAUGCAGCUGCGAGACGCCGCCGUCUUGCCAUGAAUGUGCUAGACCAUGGAAACGAUCGAUGCACACACGGUGUACCACAAGUCCGCACAGUGUGUGGCGGGAGUCAUCGUACACUCCAACUCGAUUCGGCGGUAUUACGCCGGCACGAAUCGCGACGUCGUAGUGUGGCGAACAGUACUCGAGGACGCCCUUGUGCCGCACAUGUCCAGAGGAUCCGUCAACAACGAGUGCGGAUGGUAAGCUCAGCAAUAGGAACGCCCGUCCGCGUGGUGUCGGUAAAGUCAACUUGCGCUUAGGAUGGAAGUGGCACCGACGAGGGAUGACAACCCCCAUCCGUGCCGCAUGACGUUCUUGAUUCACAUCGCCGUCAAUUCAGUCGACCAUGCGAAAGUUCAUGGAGACGCGAUGGAUCAGUACAACGCUGGGAUCGAAAGGUUUGGACUAAAUGCCGGCGACUUUCGAGAAAACUACGACGUACCAUUGCCAAACGAGAUCAUGGGCGCACACAUGGCAAGAGGCAAGAGGUUCCAGGAUGCGCUCCAAGCAGGUGUUGGGGCCGCAAUAGCGCAGUACUACGAACAGCUCCAUCGAGAGUCCCAAAGCCAUUAACUUCCCCUGUUCUCCAAAUCAACUCGAGAAACAACUUCAAUACAACACUCUAUCCUCCAUAGCUUGACCGACCAAAGCUAUCGUUCGAUCCAAGGGAAUAUCGCCUCACAAAUGUUGCACUGAAAGAAGUGAGAGUACGACUUCAAUGAAAGCAGGCAAGGCAUGUCGAUGUAGCAUCCAAAUAAAGCCAUCCGUCCACGGGCAUGGAACGCACAAGCUUCUGUGAGGUGCCGCGUGCCAUGGUCUCCACAACCGUGGAUCGCUGAUGUUCGUCCUCG